GAAGAAGAAAGAAGCCCAAUCAUAGCGCGAACCAGUAAAUUCAAAAAAUCUGUACUGUUUGUGUCGACAGCGAGUCGGUGUUGACGAACAACAGUCGUCUGAAGCGUCAAAUAAAGGAAAUAAAGCGUCGUCUAAAUGGAGUCCAAGCUGAUCAAACACUUAGUUGGACUCAAUGUACAAAUAAGUCGCAGUGAUGGCCGAGUUCAUGGGGCAACUGUGAAAUUUGUCGACGCCUUAAAACCCUCGGCGACGGUCGAGUGGGCGGACGGUGACUGCCAUCGAAUGAAGGAGGUGGAGUUGGAUGACAUGUUUACGUUCAACCCAGAGCUGCUGGACCACCUACGUUCUAUUGUGAAGUCUGCUGAGCAGUCCCAACCUCCUCCAACAGAAAAGACAUAUAAUGGUCGACUGCGCUCGUCCAGAGUUCCUGGCAAGCCCUCGACCCAGUCUCAAUCAAAGGACAACACUAAAGAGACAGAUUGGCAAGUUGGCACCAUGGAGUCCAAGCUGACCAAACACUUAGUUGGACUCAAUGUACAAAUCAGUCGCAGUAAUGGCCGCGUCCAUGGGGCAACUGUGAAAUUUGUCGAUGCCUUAAAACCCACGGUGACAGUGGAGUGGGCCGAGGGUGACGCCCAUCAAAUGAAGGAGGUGGAAUUGGACGACGUGUUUAAACUCAAUCCAGAAGUGCUGGAGCACAUACAAUCUAAAUCUGCUGAGCAGUCACAACCUCCCUCUACAGUAAAGAUGUAUAUUGGUCGUCUGCGUUCAUCCAGGAUUCCCGGCCCACCCUCGACCCCGUCUCAAUUAAAGAACAACAGUAAAGUUGUCACUCGGUCCAAGGACAGACUUACAACACGAUUACAGUCUCAACCUUCUAUCGAUGAGCCUUGUGAGCUUCCAACUUCGACAUCCCUCACAAAUCAUGGAACUCUCAAUGAGCCGCGAAAAAAGACUGACAAACCAGCUUCAUCUGUGCCCUUUGUUCUUGAUACUGUUAAGGAAAAUUAUGAACCAGUGGAAAUGGCCGCUAGAGGCAAAAGGAAAACCCUGAUGCACCAGGACCUCGUCAAAGCUAGCAAACGGCUGUCUUCUGUCGACAAGCUUUCUGAGGUUCAAAAACAGAAGGGAAAGUUGAAAGAGUGUGCUCGGCCCAACCAGAAAUUCUACGAAAUGAUCCAAGACUACCGAGAGACCUUGGAAAGCCUUCCGAUAUCAGUCAGCGAUGUGAUUGAGUCUCACAGAAUUUGUGUGUGCGUCCGCAAACGGCCCCUAAACAAGAAAGAAUUGACUAGAAAGGAGAUCGAUGUGAUUUCGGUACCUGGGAGAGGCACCGUAGUGGUCCAUGAGCCAAAGCAAAAAGUGGACCUCACCAAGUACCUGGAAAACAAGACCUUUCAGUUUGACCACUGCUUUGAUGAAGAAUCUACCAAUGAAUUGGUCUACAGAUUCACAGCAAAGCCUUUGGUGCAGUCCAUCUUCGAGGGUGGCAUGGCCACAUGUUUUGCCUACGGGCAAACAGGAAGUGGGAAAACUCACACAAUGGGUGGCGAUUUCACAGGCAAGCAGCAAAAUUGUGCCAGGGGAAUUUACGCUUUAGCAGCCCAGGAUGUUUUCUCGUACCUCAAUCACUGGAGAUACAAUGAUCUGAAUCUGUCUGCAUAUGUCAGCUUCUUUGAAAUCUACAACGGAAAAGUGUACGACUUGUUGAAUAAGAAAGCCAUGCUGCGGGUGUUGGAGGACGAGCAUCAGCAGGUGCAGGUGGUGGGCCUGCAGGAGGUCUGCGUAGCCACUGCAGAUAUGGUUAUUAAGAUGAUACAGCAGGGCACUGCUUGCAGAACAUUUGGUCAGACUUCUGCCAACGCCAACUCCUCGCGCUCCCACGCCAUCCUUCAGAUUGUCCUCAGACGCAAUGACCGCAACAACACGCUUCACGGAAAGUUCUCACUGGUUGACCUGGCGGGCAACGAGCGUGGCACUGAUGUCUACAGCAAUGACCGCGCCACAUUGGUGGAGACUGCUGAGAUCAACCGCAGCCUCCUGACGCUGAAGGAGUGCAUCCGAUCACUCGGCAUGAACAGUGAUCACAUUCCUUUCAGGAUGAGCACUUUAACAAAGGUUCUCCGGGAUUCUUUCAUCGGGGAGAAUUCCAAAACUUGCAUGAUUGCAAUGGUGUCGCCGGGAAUGGCGUCAUGCGAAUACACUAUGAACACACUACGUUAUGCUGACAGAGUUAAAGAGCUGAAAGAAGUCUCAAAAGCCACCGGAGGGCCCAUAACACUGCAGCCAGCAAACAGCUCUUCAGAAGAGGACACCACUGUGUAUGAUGCAAUAAGUCAUGUGGCAGACGUGGAGGAGAAAGUAUAUGGAGAGCUUCAGGAGAUUGUUCAGAGAGCUAGCAACCUUGUAAAAUCAAUGGAGCAAACCACGUAUGACAGCGAGGCAGGACUCGCCCAUCUCAUGGACUUUAACCAAUUCUUGAAGUCUUCAAGGUUCCCGGAAGUAUUGCAGGCUUUGCAGUCAGCUAUUUCGGGGGAGAAGAGAGCCAAAAUGAAUCGCUGAGUGAUAAAAAGAGCUGUUUUAAUAAUGUUUAUUUUAUUAUUAUGAGCACUAAUAAAGUUUUGUUUAUCUUGUG